ACUUUAGACUUCGGGAACUUGUGUUGUUCGCUUUAUCGGCGAAUUCCGCUUCGGAAAAAGGUAAUUUGUUUCUGAGUUCUCCUUUUUUCUUCGUUCUUCCUUCUACCCCUCAAUCUAAACCCUAGAUCGAGAUUUCGCGACCAUGGCAAAGAAUAGGGGCAAAAACAAGUUCGUUGUUGGCUCCUCUAGUGAGAGAGAGAACGUGCCUUCGGGGAGGUUACCGAAAUCUUCGAGGGGUCGACCUUCGGAGAGGCCGUUGGAGAAGAGUUCGAUUGGUUGGGAUGCUUCCGAAGAUGAACGUGCAACCUCUGGUGAGAGAGCUGGCUUUUCGGGUGUUCGUCGUCGUUACUCCGAGUUUCCAGUUCAUUGGUCGGAAGCUGAUCCGAAGGGCAAGUAUGCCUCAAUUUUGCAUGAGACCACGCAGAUCGACGGUCCGUUGGAGAAAUCGGUCAGCGGUGACUGGUUGGUGGAAGCGAAGUUAGGGAAUUAUCAUCGGAAGGCCGAGGAGCUAUACGGAAUUCAGCAUGCUUUGGGGUACUGGUGCGAGCUUCCUGAACAAGAGCGUCCUCGGGUGACUCAUCCACCGAGGGGGUUCAUUUCCGUGUAUACUCACCAUUUGGAGAAUGGUCUCCGCUUUCCUUUGGAUCCGUUCGUAUCCGAGGUUUUGGUGUCGUACAACAUUAGUUUGGCCCAGCUCACACCCAAAUCUAUGAGGCACAUAAUCGGAUUUAGAUGGGUGUGUGACUUCGUCAAUUUCCCUUGCUCUGUCGCUAUUUUUCGGGAUCUUCACGAUCUAGUUCUCAACCAUGCUUCCAAGGGUGAUGGGUAUGGUUGGUGGACCAUUGUCAACAAGAAGUCCCGAAAGAGGGGGGAUCCGAACUACAUCACGGCGUACCCCUACCUUAGCUCUGACCACAAUUGGAAGACGGAGUGGUUGCUCGUCCGUGUGCCGACGGAUCCGAAGCAUCCCAACUUUUAUCGUCCUCCGAAGUGGUUCGUGGCUCCUGAUCCUGAUAUGAGGGGUGUGGCGGCUCCAGAUCGGAACCAUCGCCACUAUGUGGACCUCCUCCAGUGGUUCUUGGCUCAAGAGGAUAACCACCGACUGCCGUCUAGCUGGCUCCCGAAUCUCAAUUACAUUCUGAGGGAGGACAUUCUUGCUGUUGCCGGUCUCAGCAGGAUUUUUGACAGGGAGUACGGCUUUAGCUGCAUUGAUCCUAAGAAGUUGGGCAUUUCUUUGGAUUUGAAGACUAUUCACGACCCGGCUCCCGAGUACAAGUUCGGAAAAGAUAACCCUCGUAAUCCUCGUCUGAAGGAUUACGUGUUGUCUCCUUUGGGGGUUGCUCGGAUAUCCGAAGUUCGAGCUGAUCCGUGGGAUUCCGCCUCUUCUGUUGAAGCUGUUCCUGUGAAGGUUGUGCUUCCUGAGUUGAAGACGACUUCGGAUCCGGGUCCUGGGACUGACGCUGUGCCGCGUGCCGUUCCUUCGGUUUCAUCUCCGGCUCGGAUAGAUAUCUCUUUAUCUAGGAACCGGGAUCAACGCAAAAGGAAGGGUAGCACUCUUUUGAGGCCUUCCACGCAUCCGAAGAAAGCGAAGGCUUCUCAGCCCUCGGAGAAGGAAGCAGUUUCGGAAGUCAUGCCUCCUCCUAAGAAUCUUCUUCACUUCAUGCCCUUGCCAGGGCAGAAGUUAAAGAGUGUGGUGGUUGCUGAACCGCCGGCCGUGGAUCAGCCGCUGAUCGAGGAAGAUAUCAUCCCUUCUCCCCUUAAACCAUCUGCUGCUUUGGGGAUCGAAAUCCAGGAUAUCACCGAGGUGAUGGAGGCGAUUGAAGCCGAUUUUGUUCCUGGUUCGGAUGUCCCUGAGGUAGCUGGGGAGAAGAAGGAGUCUGCUGAUCUUCCCUUCGAGAGGGAGAAGAGUCCAGACAAGGAGAUGAUAGAUCUCUCGGGCCCCGAAGCUGCGGUCCCCGAGGUUCAGAAGGAGGUUCCCUCUGCUGGAGAGGAGGAGCAGCCCGAGCAAGGUUUGACGAGGAAGAGGCGCCACUCGACUUUGGGUUCUACUUCUACCUCGGCCCUGGAUAGGCUGAUCCAUGCUGAUCCCUGUUCGGAUGUUCCGCUAAAACGGAUCCCCGAAGAAGUAAGGGAGGCGAUGGCUCGAUAUGCCAGGGCUCCGAUUUUGGGAGAGGACCCUUUGGCUCACGUGGGAUCCUUGGUGGGCCCCGAGGCUGCUCGGGAGAAUCUGCUUCGUGCUAACCCGCAGUGGAGGGUUCCUGGGGCCGAAGAGAGGAAUCCGGCAAUGAUGGCCCAGUACUAUCUGAACGAGGCUGUUUUCUGGUCUUCGUUCGCUUCCGAGUGUAGCUCGGUUGAGGAGAAACAACUGAGGAAAUAUCGUGAGGCUUAUGCUCGUGAUAUUCCCAUUUUGGACCAGAAGGCUGGGCAACUCCUCUCCGAGCUUACGGAACUCAAGCAGCUGUACCUUCACUAUAGUCGCGAGGCUAGAGAGUCUGCUGAGAAGAUCGGGACCGAGGUUGGCCAGCUCAUCUUCCGAGUUGAAGAGGAUGCUGAGAAGAUCGCUUCCUUUGCUGAGGAGAAGAAGGAUAUGGCCGCUAAGUUCGCUAGCGAACUUGAGGAAAAAGAUAGACUCUUCCAGGAGAUGAAGUCUAAAUUUGAAGCGGCCGACAAAGAGCGUACAGAGGCGGAGUUAAGGCUCCACCAUUUUGUCCAGCAUCGGGAGCUGAUCCAGCAGCAAGCUGAUAAGGUGCCUGUCCUUCGGCUGAAGCUUCGGGAAAAAGAUGACUAUAUUCGGAAGCUGGAGCAGGAGCGAGUCAACCUCUACACUGCUGAUCAGUGUAGAGAGCAGUACUGGAACGGCAUCCUGGGUGCUCGGCGCAUGUUUGCGAAGCACAUGCCUCACUUCCCUUGGAACGAGAAAGUUCCUCUAUGGAUGCAGGCCGAGGACCACUUGGUGGAAUGCCAAGCUGAUCGAGAUGAAGCUGAAGCUGAACGCCAAGCUGCUCUUGCAGAGGCUCGGGCCCAGAAGGCAACUUCCGAAGGCGAUACCACUGCUGGGGGAAGGAGAUUUCGGUUCGGAACGAUUGCCGGGAAGAAAGUGAUCUUGGUUAUGACAGGACUUGGCAUGGUAAACGCAGGCAUAACAUCCCAGUUAUUGUUAAAUUUAUUCAGAAUUGAAGGAGUUGUACAUUAUGGAAUAGCUGGUAAUGCAGACCCUUCCCUCCAUAUUGGAGAUGUUGCAAUUCCUCAAUAUUGGGCCCACCUUGGUCUUUUGAAUUGGCAGGUUAAAUAUUGCAACAAUUACUUGAGCAAUUAG